AUGAAAAAGCAUUUUUCUUUGAUGGUUCUGUUAUUAUUGGUGAUGAGUGUUGCCUCUGCCCUCCUCACAACAACUACUCUGGCAGCAACACAACAAGAUACAACCAUUGAUGCUUUCAGGCUUAUCCAAUAUGAUAAAGGGACCCAACCAUUUGGUUGUCGUAUAACUGGAUUGAAUUCUCCGAUUACCACCCCAAAGCUAGGAGCCUCGUCUGCUCUUUCCGCUGCUCGAAAUGUCAUCAUGAUAAAAAUUGAAGAAUUGUUAUCAUCGAACAAGACAAGUAUUCAAACUAUUUUAAAUAGAGAAGAUGUGAGCGGAGUGUUGAUUGUACUUCCACCCAAUGAUGAAAUUUCUACAAAUUCAAUUGACCAAUUCAAAACCAUUGAAAAACAAUUUUUAAUCUCUACAUUUGAUAAGCCAAUUUAUUUCAUUUUCCAGAAUGAAAAAACUGCUGAAAUGUUAAGCUAUUUUGAACAUUUGAAUGAAUUUUCACUGUUGAGUGAGUCCUAUCAAGCAGUUGUUUCGGAAGGAGAAGCAAAGCCAAUUGACCAAACACCUGUUGUUAAUCUCUUCUCUACAUUACAUGGCAAGCCAAGCGAAAAGUCUCAAACGAUUGGAAUUGUUGCUCAUUAUGACUCUAUUAGUUCAAUUCCAGGUUUAGUAACAACUUUCAGUGCUGAUGGUAGUGGAAUGAUUGGCUUGUUGGAAAUUUCAAGAUUAUUCCAAAAACUCUAUUCAACACCAUCGACAAAAGCCUCUCAUAAUUUAUUAUUUAUUUUAACUGGUGGAAGUAGAUUGGGUUAUGCUGGUACCAAACACUGGAUCAAACAAACAGAUCCGAGAUUGGUAAAUCAAUUAGACUUUGUUUUGUGUUUAGAUAGUCUCACUUCACAUGUUGACAAUGAUUCCUUCAAGUUAUUUAUGCACAUUUCUGAAAAGACCAAUGACAAGAAUGUGAUUAAUUUGUACAAACAUUUUGUGCAGACUGCAAAACAAUUACAGAUUGAUCUUCAAUUUAUUGAAAAGAAGAUUGAUAGAGAAUUAGUUUGGGAACAUGAAGUUUUCGCCAAGAAGGGAAUUGUGUCUGCAACAAUUUCUACACAAUCUGUGCCAUCUUCGUCAAUGUUGACAAGAACCAAUUCAUUAGAUAUUUCUAAAGUAGAUAUUGACCAAUUGAGAAAAUCUAUCAAAUUAAUUGCUGAAUCAUUGGCUCGUCAUCUCUAUGAUAUUGAUCAUCAUAUUAGAUUUUUUGAAGAUGAAAAUGAUAAAUUUAUCAGAGCGUUCAUUAAGAAUAUGGAAAGUACCUCAAGAUUUACACCAAUCCUUUCGAAAGAGAGCGAUUUAGUCAAAGCACUUAAAUUGACUCUUCAACAAUUUUCAACCAAUGACCAAGUGGUUCAAACACAAGAUUUCCUGUUGAGUAAUUCUGCGUACAAAUUCUAUACGAAUACCAAAGUUAAAUUAUCUCUUCUCAAAGUAACACCCAUUGCAUUUGAUUUGAUACUCAUUUCUUCAGUAAUUAUUUAUUUAUUAUUCUUACACGUGGUACUUGUGGGACCCAAGCAAGUGGUGAAUAACAUUGCUUCAUUAUUUGAAAAGCAAGAAAGAAAACGAAAGUAG